AUGAAUGCUCAACAGUCACAGCCGAAAAUCACCCAGGAUAUUGUUGAUGCGGCCAAAAAAGCAUUCAAUCCAUCGGCAACUGCUGAAAGCCGCGAGCAAGGAUUGCACGAGUAUAAUGAGCUAGUUGAUAGAACUCAAACAUGGAUCUUGAUACACGCUUUCAAUGCCUUGAUUAAGCCAAAUGUGCUUCCGCUAUGGCUAAGGGAGCCGUUGAUGAGGAGCUUGACGAGCCUGCCACUGCGGUCCGACGGUGUUAGAGCUACGAUGGAAUUUGUAUUUGCCGUUCACCCAAGUAAUACUGGAAGACCGACGAAUGAUGGGGGUAGCCGCGGAAAAGAAGGGGCUGCCAUCACCCAUGAAGCUGUUGCUAUUGCAACGAAGCUGCUGUCAUCUGUCCCAGCCUCCACGAAUGCCCAGCAAUGGUUCGACGGCAUCUCGGGGCAGCUUUUCGCUUUAUUCGAUGGCGAGGCUGGGCCUGAUGUUGCAAAGACUGCAGCGCAGAUUGUCGGAUUUGGUAUCCUGGGUAAAAAGCAAUUUGGAGCACCAGGAGCCCCUGGUUGGAACGCUUUUGUGCAACCUCUAGUGGAGGGCAUAGACCCAUCACUGAAAUCCUCAAAACCGGACUCUUCUUUCAAGUCAGAAGAGGUUGAUGAAAUCGUGGAGCUUGGUCGAACAAAAAUCCUUGUUACCGCCUCAGAUCUGGAGAGAUCGCUAAGCCGGCUAGAGCUUUUGAUCAUGUCAAAUCCUUCACCUGGUCUUUGCAAACGAAUUCUAAAGCCCGUUCGUUUUCAACUUUGGGCGCUUGCUUCAUGGAUGAACGCCUCUCAAGAUAUUGACAAGCGCUUCUGCAGGCCUGCGCGGAUUCUUGUGCAGACCCACCUGAGACUGUUCGGUGACGUGGAUAAUAUCAUCCCGUUUAUCCGUAAUAUUCGAUGCAUAGGAUCCCUGCAUGGUGCAGAAGAAUUGCAAUGGCGAUACCACCUUCAGCCUGAAGGAGGAAUAGAAGCCAUCCACCUAGCGUUCGGCGAACAGAAGCAAGAGGCUGAAUUAAACUGGGGGGAAAUCGAGAGCAAGUCGACGGAUUUGGUCGAGUUUGUGAGCUCUGUGUGUACCACAGAGGAAGUCUCUUCAGUCUUUCUGUAUCUCUUACGGCGAUGGAUACAGUCGGCAGGCAAACAAAGUGGUGAUCUGAUUAUACAGGUAGUCACUCACGAUGAAGAAGCAGACUCGGCAGUCGAGGCCCUUAUUGACGUAACGUUAUUACAAAAAUUCAUGGACAAGGCUCCAGAAAAACUAAUCAGCCAUUUCGAUCAACUUCUGGAGCUCGUAUCUCAUGUGCUACGAGCUGAUAGCCAGACUCCCUUAGGAGAUGAUAUCAUCGGAGUCGUACUCAGCCUACUCAACUUGGUCAUUACAGCACCGACCUUUCAGAAGUCGGAUAUUAACCCAGCUGAGCUAAAGGUUGUGGAAGGUGCACUGGCGAGGAUUGGGGACCAGGAUCGAGGUGAUGCCUCGAUCACGGCGAAGAAUCUGGCUCUGCUGCUCAAAUACCGGGAUGAGGUGGAAAAGCCAGAUGAUAAAACCGCUGCCCCUACUGCUCGUCAGAUCGAAGAUCGCAAGACUUACAACCUGGCGAUGAACUACAUUACUGGAGAUAGCGAUAACCCACCACCAGUAGUAUCCGAGGGCUUGAACCUCUUAUCUAACUUGAUUGUGGCCGAAAGCCCAGUGUUGGAUAUUUCGGCCGUCACAGUCCUAAUGUCUAAUCUCCUAAAAGAGAACGAAGACUUUAUCAACCUACGAGUCAUCCGGAUAUUCACGCAGCUAGCGAAUAAACACCCCAAAUCCACCAUGCAAGAGCUGCUUGACCAUUACUUGGACGCGCAAGAAAAGUCAUCUACAGAUACUCGGCUAAGAUUUGGCGAGGCAAUACUCCAGGUUAUUGAGAGACUGGGAGAAACGUUUACCGGGGAGGCAGCCCAGAAUGCGGGCGAGAGUAUGCUCUCGAUUGCGGGCAGAAGGGGAUACAGGCCGAAAACAAUGGCAAAACAGGCACGGGAGGAAAGGUUGAACGAGCUUAAGAGAAAAAAAGCAGAAGCUAGUGGGAAUGCCGAUGAGGAUAUUGAUAUGGCGGACGAAGAGGCAACACCUGAUGAGAUGGCCAAGAAUGAGAUAUUGGCCCAAAUUGUCCAAGGAUGGGAAAGCAAAAGGGGGAGCGAAGACAUUCGAAUGAGAACAUCGGCUCUAUCCAUCUUUGGAAAUGCCAUUGAGACGAACAUUCUUGGCAUGGGGCCGACUUUGGUCUCGGCAGGAGUCGACCUCAGCAUUAAUAUCCUCGCCAUGGAGCCGGAGCUGGAGAAGGGUAUACUGCGGCGGGCAGCUAUUCUCGUCAUUCUCAGCUUUGUGAGAGCCCUGGACAAGGCCAAGGAAUCCGGACAAAAACUGGGAUUCGGCUUGACAGAUCAGAGCCGAGAGGACAUACAGAGGACUCUAAACUACAUUGCCGCAACAGAUAACGAUGGGUUGGUACAACAACACGCACGCGACGUUGUAGAGAGCCUUGAGAACUGGGGCAUGGCAAGUCUGCUACCGAGUCACGCAGAGGCGAACGCCGCGCCUGGCUUGGCGAGAUUAGCGGGAUUGCAUGUGAAUCCUGAAGGCACCCUGGUGGACGCUGCUGGACGGCCGCGACCAAGGAUAGAGGAGGUGGAGUGA